AUGUCUCUCUCCACCCGACCUCUUACCUCCUUCCUCAUCCAGGACAUCCUCUCAGAUCUGGGCUGCAAAGGCAAAGACAGACAAUUGGAAGUCCAGCCUGAAGACCAGGAGAAGGAAUCCUCAGUGGACAUCACCCCUAAGACAGAGACCUCAGAGGAUGACAGAACUAAAGCCCAUUACUCACUGGAGACUCGUCUAAGGACAGAUGAUCUCGAGGUUGAGCAGCUGGAUCUUGCGACUACUCGACAACCUUCCAAGGGAGAGGAUAAAACAUCCAAACAACCUCCAAAGAGGUCACGGGCCGCCUUCUCCCAUUCCCAAGUCAUAGAGUUAGAGAGAAAGUUCUCCAGCCAGAAAUAUCUCUCUGCUCCGGAAAGAGCCCAGCUGGCCAAGAGCCUGAAGCUGACUGAGACCCAGGUGAAGAUCUGGUUCCAGAAUCGUCGAUAUAAAACCAAGAGAAAGCAGCUGGCCACUGACCUGGAAGAUCUGGAUAAGACUUCUUCUCUUCCUGUGCUAUGCCGGGAUGGAGAACUAAGCAGGACCUCUCUCAUGAGCCUCUAUAAGAACUACCACUACUACCCAUACCUGUAUUACCUGGCAGGGUGGCAUCCGCCUCUGUGGUGAUCUCAGCCACCAGACUUAGAGACUGUGAAAUCAUAAUAUAUUUUUAUUAAUAAUUACUUUUCAUAUAAUGAUUCCAGGUGGGAUAUUGCAUUUUGAUAAGAUGCCUUCACGUGUCCAUUCUGGGUGUUUCUUUGGUGUCCAGCUUUAGGUCAUGGGUUUGACAGCUGGUAUGGUGGUCAGUAACCUAGUGUAGACCCCUGGCUUGAGGUCGCCCCACUGUCCUGCAUGGUUAGAAGGGAAAUCCUGCUUAGAUAUAUGAAGAGGGUUAGCAUGAAAGGUGUGGGUUAAAUUUUGUAACGUGGAUUACCACUCUCAUGGUGAGAG